CGCUGCACACUUUUGUUUACUGACGACAUUUUGCUUUUCACUCUUCCGUGCCCUCUCGACCCACGCGCUAUACCUACAGCAUCACUCUACAGUAUUGCAUAGCUCGACAUCUAUCAGGCGACACCAUGUCGCAAGAUCAGGCCAUCUUUUCUGUGCGCCGUCCGCGCGAGACACUCGGCCCAAUCAACCACAAUUCAUCCGCAAUCCCCCUACCUGCUUCAGCCAUGAAGCGCCAAAGUUCCUUCGGUCUCGGCCAGAUGCAAUCUGCCUCGCAUGCGCGCUCGACCUCUGGUUCCCGUAUGUCUUUGGCUCCGGGGUUUCCUAGGCAGCCAGACUUCCAGCGCGCCUCCUCUGGCAACAACUUGGCCGACUUGGCUCUUUCCACAGUGAAGCGCCCUUCGACUCAGAAUAUGUUCAACAGCACUGGAGGUAGAAAGAGCUAUGCACCUGUCAGCAGCACUCCGGCUCCAGCCCUUCAACUAGGCGAUAGCUCCCAACGUCGUAGCAGUGUCUACAGCGCCCGCCCCUCGACUGGUUUCGGUGGGCCCAUGGGUCACCAGUCCUUCUUCGCAACCGCUCCCCCCUCAAAUCAGCCUCCUCAGGAUCCCCGCAGACUACGCGAUGCAAACACGCGUCAAGUUAUGGGUACAGAGCUCAUGGAGUUCCUCGCCCAACGAAACUUCGAGAUGGACAUGAAGCACACCCUCACACACAAGACCAUGACCUCGCCCACGCAAAAAGACUUCAACAUGAUUUUCCAAUUCCUGUACCACUGUAUCGAUCCGGCUUAUCGUUUUCAAAAGAAUAUCGACCAAGAAGUCCCUCCGCUGCUCAAGCAAUUACGCUACCCGUACGAGAAGAACAUCUCAAAGUCAGCACUCGCCGCUGUAGGAGGAAACAACUGGGCCACCUUCCUCGGUAUGCUUCACUGGAUAAUGCAAUUGGCAAAGAUGAUGGAACACUUCAGCAUUGGCACCUACGACGAAGCCUGUAUCGAAUCUGGUCAUGACAUUGCGGCCGACCGUAUCACAUUCGAAUUCUUGAGCGACGCUUAUCGCACUUGGCUGUCAGUCGACGACGACGAUGAAGAGGAUGACGAAGAGGCUAUUCAAAGGUUGAUACAGCCCCAUGUGGAAGCCAUGGCAGCAAAGUUUGACGCUUCAAAUCAACAAAAUCUUGAACAAGUCAAGGCUCUAGAGGAAGAGAGCAAGCAACUACAAGAUCAAAUUGAUGAACUCGGCAAGACUGCACCUCGCCUGGCCAAGCUGGAUGAACAAAACAAGAUUCUCGAAGAAGACAGGGUCAAGUUUGAAAACUACAACAACAGCAUUGACAAGAAGGUCGAGAAGUAUGAGGAUCGAUUGCGCAUGCUGGAGAGCGAGAUGCAACGUCUGGACCAGGAACUCGCAGACGCAGAGCAAGAACGCAACAGUUUGCAAGAAAUGGUCGACCGACAGGGCAUCACCGUGCAGGAUAUCGACCGCAUGACAGCAGAGCGCAAACGUCUUCAGACAGGAGUUGAAAGCACAAACUUGCGACUGGAAGAGACUCGUGACUCGGUGGCCAAGAAGGAAGCGGAGGCGGCUCAAAGACUUGAGGAGCUUGAGUCGAUCGUGUCCAGGUAUAAUCGAAUGGCCUACGAGAUCGGUGUCAUUCCUCCAGAUGCACCAAAUGCUCAUGGUCAAGAAUACGAGCUCAUCCUGACCACAAACGAGGGACCCGGUUUCGGAUCAUCUCAAAUGGGCGAACAACCACAAGAUUCUGAUCGUCUACUGGCAGAGACAGGUACAGGAUACCAGCCACAUCAUUUACUCAACCUGGACGUACGAGGCGGUCUUAAGAGCAACAUGAUGAAUCUGCGAAAGGAGAUUAGUGAACGCAGGAACAACGCUCUCGAAGCGGACAUGAACAACCAAGAUCUGCUCGACAAGAUCAAGGAGGCAAUUGGAGACAAAAAGGCAGAGACUGAGACACUCGAGCACCGUGUACGAGCUGCCGAGGAGGAAUUUGAGAAGACGAAAGAGAUCACAAACUCGCAGAAGAUGGCUUCUGACGCUCAAAUCGAGAAGAUGGAAAAGGAGCUCGCCAGGAUGCGUGCCGGACUUACAGAAUCCGUGCAGCUGAUGGAGCAGCGCGAAAUGAAUACUAAUCUCGAGUACGAGCAAUUGACAGUCGCAUCUUCGGCGCUUCGCGAAGAGCUCCACACGGAACUUGAGCGCAUGUUGAACGACAUAAUCAAGUUCAAGGUGCACAUUCAGAGCAGUCUUGAAGGCUACGAAGAGUUCGUGGCACAAGAGGUGGAAAGAGAAUGCGAGGAGCAAGAGCGAGAAGAGAUGGGCGCUGACGAUGAGAAGUAUGGCGAAGAUGUUGAGGCCAAGGUUGAAGAGAUGGAUCUUGACGAUUGAAGGGACUUGUUUAAUGGCUUGACGAAUUGGUUAUGUCAGAUGGUCAGGCAUGAUGGUGGCGUUUGGGCUGUUCUGGUUGGUUGGGACUUUUCUUGAUGAUACCUCUCUGUUGUUGUUUCGCUCCUGGAUUGAUAUCGGCAAUGUUUAAAUGAUUGAUGUUCAGGAUUGUUCCUGCUGCCUGCUUUCUUCUCCGCCG